GCAUUUCCAGUCUAAUCGUUCCUUCAGUGUUCGCGCGUUGGGGAAGGAUUAACAAAAACGGAUUCAGGGAUUUAGUCCGAUUACAUAACUCCGACCAUUUUCAUGGUUAUCUGCUAGUGGAUUAUAAUGACAGAUUUCAGUGAUAAUUGCCUAUCUGGCUUGAGUGACGAAGAAGUCAGUCUGAAUCUAAAGAGUCGCUUGUCAAAUCAUAACAAUACGGGAAAGAAUAUGAGCUUACUCAACAGGAUGUCUGGUAACCAUAAGCAGGGCGGUGCUCUUCAACAGUUAUCUAAUCUUCUUGGGCAAAGCAUGAGACUUGAAAAUGUGGCUGACUUUAAAGAGGUACUCAAAUCAGUUGGUACUGGUUAUCAGCGUGGCCUCCCAACAAUACCAAUAAAUGAUCUCCGUGGUGAAGAAGCUGCUACUUAUCCUCGGGAGGAUUGCGUGUUGAGACGUAGUUUGGCUGCUCUGUAUCGUUUAAUUGAUAUGAGAGGAUGGACACACUCAAUUUAUAACCAUAUAUCUGCAAGGUGCACUACAAAUCCCAAUCAUUUCUUAAUUAACCCUUUCGGAUUACUUUAUCAUGAAAUUCAAGCCUCUAGUUUAGUGAAAAUAGAUGCAAAUGGUAAUAUAGUUGAUCAAGGUAGCUCAGUGUUAGGUGUAAAUAAGGCUGGUUGGACUCUUCAUUCUGCACUACAUUCAGCUCGUAAAGAUAUUAAUUGCAUUAUUCACGUUCAUUUGGCCGAUGUAAUAGCCGUCUCGUGUCUUCGCGCAGGGCUCAUGCCUGUCAGUCCUGAGGCCAUUGAACUACUAUCAAAUCAUGGAGUUCGCUAUCAUGAGUACCGAGGUAUUCUGGUUGAUGAGGCAGAACGUUCUAGCAUUGUAAAAGAUCUAGGCUCUAAAGCAAAGGUGCUGUUUUUACGAAAUCAUGGUGUGGCAGUUACUGCUUCUAGUAUUCCCGAAGCAUGGUAUCUCGUUAAACGAGUAAUAGCUGCUUGUCAGACCCAAAUGCGAUUGAUGCAACUAGGGAAUAUAACAAGUUUACUGUCUGAUUUAAAGGAUAGUGCUGUGCAGCUAACAGAUAGUCAAGCUGACCAGUCGGAAGAAAUAGGAUCAAAUGUCGUAGAUCAAGAUAAAAAUGUUCAUACAUCAUUGAAUGGUAAAGAUUGCAGUGAUAAUGGUGAUAUUUCGUGGACGCCAGCAGAAUUAGAAUUUGAGGCUGAAAUGCGUGUUCUGGAUAGCGCAGGUUUCAGAACUGGCCAUAUCUAUCGUCAGCCUAAUUUACUGAGACGCACGCAUCCUGGUUCAUCGUGGCCAGGAGAUACAUAUGGUGACCAAAUAACAGGGGCUGAUUUACUGACAACGGACUUUUCCACUAAUGAGUUCAGUGGAGUUGAAGAUUUAGCUGCAGCUGAAGCAGCGGGUGCUGAACAAGUUUCUAAAAUUGUUGAUCAUGUUCGUGCCAGUCGCCAAAAAAAUGCACAACGAAAUCAGUGGUUAGCAAAAGCUAAUGAACCACCACAAAACGGUAUGAUAACCAGCUCUAUGAUCGAUUCGCCCCGGAAAUUGUCCGGAACUAAAGGUUCAGGUGACUGUCGUUCUCAUCCAUUUACUUUGGAUUCUCCUGUCUGUUCACCUGUUAGACGAUCUGAACCCGGAAGCGCAUCAUCUCGUGUAGGAAAGGAUUUUCAUUCUCCUGUUAUGCGAAGUCCACAUGAUGUUUCUGACUAUUCAAUACAUAACGGUUCAGCCUCGAUCUCAGUAGACAUCACGGCAUCCAAUAGUUUAACACCGAACAAACGAUUUAAUGAUUCCUGUGUAAAUAAAAGUGCAACACUACCUGCAAAUGUACAGCAUUUGUCUGUUAUGUCGAACUCAAAUACCCUUCAAUCGGUUGAUGGUGAUCUUUUGAAUAAUAAUGUUGAGGUUAUUUCCACAUUUUUCUCCAUAUUUUGCAUGUAUUUAUAUUCACGAAUUGUUGUUGUAUUGCUAUAAAAAUCAGCAGUUGUGUAAUUUUAUUGGUAGUUAUAGCAUGUUGUGAAAUCAGCGUUACUGUUGACGUCCCUGUUGUAUUGGUUCAGUUUAGUAUAUUCUAGUUGAAUGCAGUAAUACGAUAAAAGAUAGGAUAAUUAUUGCGUCGGUCUUCUUUUUUUUGAACUAAAAUUAUUCCGAUUUGGAGAAAUUUAAGAAUUUUAUUUUAGGAAUUAUAUUUUAUUUAGGCAUAAACUUUUGCAUAUAAGGGAUAUAAUUUAAUGGGAUUUUCUGUUUUAACCACUUUAAUCUUUAAUAAUGUUUUUUGUUUCUUAUAAUUUGAUCAACAUUUAGGGAAGUAAAACGCUUGAGAAAAAGAUCAAAAAGAAAGGAAGCUUUCGUAUGCCAUCAUUCUCCAGAAAAAAGAAACAUUAGCAUUAAACUUACAUUGAUGUCUACUGCACACCUGCUUGUAUUUGUUUCCAGUUCCAUUUUCAUGCCUUCACUUUCAUGUCUCUGUGGUCAUAUAUAUUACUAUAAUACAGCUUUGAUUAAAUUUAAAAUAACGGCUUACUAAAAUAAUUUGAUAAUUGUUGUUGCAUAAAGAUAUACAGUCAUCAGAUGUUAGUGGUGUUUUCCCCUGUUUUAUAUUAUGCUCUUAUAUUUGUUUUCCUAACUGAUUGUUAAAUUUUUCUCUUUCCUUGCUUAUCAUUUGAAUUUUUUCGCCAAUUGUUAACCAGUCGAUAACUUCACUUGAUUAAGUCUUAACUGCUAUUUUUUGUUCAAUUUUUCUGUAUGUGUGUGAUCCUGCCUUCAUUCAAAUUGCUAUAUAGCUUUAUAAUGAUAAUAAUUGGUUUCUAAAUUGUCUGAUCAUUAGUAUGAAUGGUCAACAAACAUUUUAUGAUUACUGAACUUCAAUAAACUCACAUAUUCCCUGUCUCAAGGAGAUACCAGUUCUUGAAUAUUUUCUAAGAUUAUGAAAGAAUAAACUUCUGUUUCCUAAUUUCCAUCUCAGAAAAUAAACUUCUUAGCAUUCUGACACAAAUGUAUGUGGAGUAACACUGUAUGAAAUUUUAAUUUCCUCUUUCUCAUACUGUGAAUAUUCGAUUAUAUGAUCACCAUCAAUCUUUUACUCCAGAGUAUUUCUCAUUUCUAAAGUCCUCAACUCUUUUUCUCGUCUAUCAGAUAUGAAUCAUUAUUGUGGAUGAAAAUUGUAUGAGUUAUAUAUAAAUUCUUACUUUUUAUCAGGAAUAUGAUACGCUAUUCCUCUUGAUCUGCCAUUUCCCCUAGUUUUUUUUCGUAUUUUGAAUUCUUCUUGAAAAUCCAAACGUUUCCAUUCUUCCUUCCAACUCAGAACAUUUUUUGUUGGUUUCAUCUGCUUCAUUAGUGUCUCAUUUCUUUCGUAUCGCCAUCUAAAGUUUGUUCACUUGUUCAGCUUAGUAUUCUUGGUUAUGUGCUUACGAGUCUAUGGCUCUCCUUGUAAUAUCGUAUCGACAAAUAUUUAGUAUACUUGGAACUUGUUUUUUUUGACGUUUAUUAUUAUAUUCUGAAUAAUAUUAUUUUAGUCUAAUUACAAUAGAAUUUUUUGUUUGGUUAUUGAAUAUGCCUGAUGACUAAAUUUUUUACGAUGGAAAUUUUAUUUGUUAUGAACGAUAUUCUUUUUAGAUAUCCAGUAGGUGUAUAUUAUUUUUUUAAUUCGCAAAUCAGAAAACAACGACUGUUGUAUCCUAACUCAUGGGACUAUUGUCUAAAUAAGAAUUCUGAUGCAUUUUUAUUGUGUAUAAUUGCGCUUACAGAUGGUUAAAUUUGAAAAAUUGGAUUCCUUAAACGAUACAUCGUUGAAAAAUAUGACGAAUGCAAAGCAUUAUCAUAUUAUUAUUUAACCGCUAGCCGAAAUUUGUUUACAUGUUAUUCUUUAAUUUAUUGUAGUGAAUUCAAAUCUCCAUAAAGAUUUAUUGUGAACAUCAAAGUAAAUAUCAUAACUGUGUUUACUUAACAUUCGUAGGACUUGAAAUAUCUUGAUAUUUAUAUCUAGGAAAAACAACUUACAGUUUCAAUGAUUUCGUAAUGAAGUAUUUUGAAUCCAUGACAUGAUGCCUAAAAACUGAAUAUCCUGAUUAACUAAUUUAUGCUUAAUGAAAAAUAUUUCCUGCUAAAUACAAGAGUACAGGUCUAGUAAGAACACCUGUACAUAUUACGUUAUGUGACAAACCGUUACACAAUUAUGAGAUCCUGUCCUUUACUUUAUGGAUUUACUUUUAACUACUCGAGAUUGUCCUUUUUAUGACGUAUAUCUUUCAUUCAUUUGUACACGAAUUCUAAAACACAUUGUAUCGAGUCCUGAGCUUCUUUACAACUGAGUAACUUUAACAGAAUUCAAGACAUUUUUAAUACUUCAACUCAUUUAAUAACCAGAUUAUGCGGUUCGAUUGUUGACUUAAGAUAAGUAUAAUUACUGUUAAUUGGUGGCUUUUUUGUCUUUCCGCCCAAUUUAUAUUUUGAUAAAUAUCUUAUAUACAGAAUGUCUGCAAGAAAAAGUAUGCCAAUAUAUACAUCUUUGAUUGCAAUUAUUUUAAAAUUUUGAACGUAAAUUUAACUCCAUUAUUUUACUUUAAAUUAGAACUGCUUUAAUCGCUAUCUC